GUCUCUCUCUCUAUAAACCCAUUCUCUUUUGUUUGUUAUUGAGAGGAACAAUCAGUUUCAACCUCCAAAAACCUGUUCCUUAAUUUGCUUUUUCUUGCUUCUUAACAGCCAAAAACCCAUCUUCCCAGGAGAAAGCCUUUCUUCUCACAACCCCUUCUUAAUCCUCCUCACACACCAAACAAAAUUCCUACAAUUUCAUCUCUUUUUCUCUCUUUCUUAUUCUCUCAGCCACCAACAUAUCUCCAUCAUUUAUGCUCCAAAACAUGUCACAGACACAACCUUCUCCCUCCUUAUACUUCAACAACAAGCUCUUGUUCCACUAAUAGCAAGAGAAAAAAAGCAUGUGCAGCUGCAUCUUUGGGCCAAUAAUCAUGGACAAUUACCAAGGUGAUUUAACUGACAUACUCCGAGCCAGUGGUGGAGCAUAUGGUGGUAGCAGCAGUAGCAGCUGCAGCACAGGCACUUCAUCUUCUGCUGAAUUACCUACCACAUCUCAUCACCAUACUAUUACUCACACCCUCUCUCGUAAUGAUCACUGGCACCAACACUUCUCUUCUUCUUCUUCUUCUUCUGAUCCCAUCACCUUCUCUUCUGUGCUUCAAGACCCCAGAGGACUCACCAACUUCGGUGAUCCCUUCUCCACCAUGAGAGAUCCCUUCCUUCAGGAGCUUGACAUGCCUUCCGCUUCUGCCUACUUCACCGGGGGCUUGGAAGAUGCAGCUGCCAGUUUUGGUGCUUCUGCUGUUAGUACUAAUACUAAUCCUAAUCCUAAUCCUAAUGCUAGUACCGGUGUUUUUGCUGCACACAAGAUUCUUGAGGAGCAUGACAUGAGAAGACCUUGUAAAAACAUAUUCUCCAACAUGAUUCAGAUCUCUCCCAAUGCAAAGUUACCGGUCUCACCCUAUGAUUCCACCGCGGCCGUGGCACCUUCUCCAAGGGCAAUUAAACCUCCUGCUGUUGUUUCACCCAACAUGGUUAAUGCAAACUCCUCCAAGGAUUGCCUUGUGGACACCACAGGAGUGCAGAUCUCAUCUCCACGGAAUCCGGGUCUUAAACGAAGAAAGAACCAGGCCAAAAAGGUGGUUUGUAUUCCUGCACCAGCAGCUGCAAACAGCAGACAAACUGGAGAGGUUGUUCCGUCAGAUUUGUGGGCUUGGAGAAAAUAUGGUCAGAAACCCAUCAAAGGUUCACCUUAUCCCAGGGGUUACUACAGAUGCAGCAGCUCAAAGGGUUGUUCUGCGAGGAAGCAAGUUGAGCGGAGCAGAACAGACCCAAACAUGUUGGUUAUUACAUACACAUCAGAGCACAACCAUCCAUGGCCAACUCAAAGAAAUGCUCUGGCUGGUUCGACCAGGUCACAGCCAUCGAAGAACAAUGCUGGAAAUUCAAAGAGCUCAGAAGGGUCAAACCCCCAAAAGAGCACAACAUCAAAAGCAAAGGAUGAGCAGCAGCAGCAGCAGCAGCAGGAGAGUAACAACAGUGAGGGCAAUGCCUCACCGGUUGUUGGUGGGAACUCAUCAGCGAACAGUGCAUGUGUGAAGGAAGAGAACAUGGAGGACAUAGAGAAGCAGUUUGAGAUGGAUGAGGGAGAGUUCAGUGAUGGACUCCCUUACAAGCCUUGCUUGAUGGAUCAGAGUAAUAAUCAAUCUGAGGACUUCUUUGCUGAGUUGGGAGAAAUAGAAGCUGACCCACUGGAUAUUCUGUUUAGCCAAGGUUUUGGUGCAGGUGAUGAUGAUCAAAGGGAAGAAUCCAAGGCCUUGGAUCCAUUCCAUCUGUUUGACUGGUCAGGAGACAACAACACCAGCACAAACAGCAGUUCAUUUGAAGAGCCUAAUGCAAAGAGAAGGUUAUGACAAGAGCUCCUCUGAGAAAGAAGAGCUUAAUAUGAUUAAGAAGGUCAUGUUAUGGUGUUUGUUAUUUGGUUUGAAAUGUGUGAUGUGGGGGAGAGGGUGUGAGAGAGAUCUCCACUUUUUCUGCUUACUACUACCUUUUCCUUUUUCUUGUUAUUUACCAGAACAGUCAGGGAGAUAAAAUUAGUAGAGUGAAAAAAAAGAGAGUGCUGGUUGAUUGGAAGCAAACUGAAGGAGUCCCACAUUCCUUUUGGAAUAUUGGUGGAUGGGACAGAAAGCUGAGGAACAGAAGGUUGCAACAGUUAAAACAAGUACAUUCACUAUAGACAUGACUCGAAAGCUCAGUGAGUAGAUUGAUGAUGAUAAUGGGAUGGGACUAGCCCUUUCAUCUUUUCAAGUGGGAAAAAUUAUUUAAAAGCCACACCACACCCUUUGUCAUGUGGCCUUUUCCAUACAAAGUGAAAAAAAGAAAAGAGAGAGAUCACAGAUUUGCUUGCUCAGAUGAAAUUUAUGAAACAAGACAAAACAAUAUAUAAAAUAUAUAUAUAUAGAGAGAGGGUUAAAGUUAAGUUAUAUUAUAUUAUAUAAUACUAUAUAAUAUAGAGCUUGACUUUUCAUAUCAGUCAUUUCUAGGAUGUGUGACGUGAGAGGGAAAUAUGCAUGCUUUGGUUCCUCGGCUUUCUGUUUUUUAUUAUCCACCAACUCAUGUUCAUUGUUUUGAAUGAGAUGAGAUUACUUUAUAUGUUUCUUACACUAGUUAUUAAUUACACUUUGAUUCUAUUGUUCUAUCA